AUGUCAACAAAUCACCAACCCCACCUUGGCGGUCGUCCCGUCUUUGGAAAUAUCACCAACCACAUUGACAUUGUUAGUUUAUUCGAGACUUCCUUUAUUCAUUUAUUCUUUCAGGUAACUCGGCCGAAGGACGCUUCUCUCCCCAGUUCUCCUCACAAAAGUGCGUUAGUCCAUAAUUUUAGCGCACUGAUAAAUGUACUAACUUAAAAUAAGGGACUCCACGUUGGUGAUAAAUUAGCGGUCCUUUUUGUGACUUACGCGUGUAAUUGGUGACGCUAAAGCUUAAUGGGGUUAAGAUUGAUGUGUGUUCUUUUACCUUUGAAUCCGUUUUUUUCUGUUCGUUCAGCUGUAGUCUAGGUUGACCACUGGGAAUUUUUUGGAUUUAGACAAUUACCACCCGGGCCGCCGACGCCGCAAACAGUCUCCCAGUUCUUCAGUAGAAAGUUUUCACGCCAAGUCUGCGCGCCGAUGCGACAUUCCCAAUAAUGACGAAAGUAGCGCGCGUCUCGUUGAGGAAAACGUGCACGGCGCACCUGUUAAUUGGUCCUCGGACAGCAGUCAAUCAGCAGAUCAGCACAAUAUCCCUACCAGUUGUCCCUCGCCUUCACGUGCUCCCUCCUCUGCACCCACAAAACUUGGUCACUCCACGCCAGUCAACCUCACAGAGCCGCAUCCAGAAAAACCUCGAUCUGUGGUGGGUGAACACCGCUGGUGUACCCGCUUUACCGUUUACUGUGCAUUUAUUAGGACAAGUGUUGCAAGUUUUACCCGUAUAAAAUACCGCUUCUAAUAUCGCACAUAACAUAUGACCUUACUAUAUGAAUUGUUUGAGGGUGCCACUGUACCUUGCAGAGGAGACAGUUAAGGAUGCCACACGACAUGCCAUCGAUAUGAACGAAACGAUGGUGAGAUUUCGAAGCGUACUUUGCUCGCUAGGUCUAAGUUUGUUCUACCAUGGAGGGAAUUAUUUUCCCCCUUCCCCUUCCCGGAAAAGUGCGGCUUUCGACAUAUUUAUGCCACCUUGUCUUGACACCUUUCAUAUGGGCAUCGGACUCUCAACUUUGUACGCUUCACUGGCCACUGUGUUUUGAUACAUAGUGAAGCUCUCGAACUAGUUGACAGCUUUUGUUACUCUAGAUUGAGCUUGCUUCCAGUGUCGGGACAAGCGGAAAGUUACUUGUCAACCCAACCAAGCACGCCCUCUCCAACGUUAUGGAAAACUCUGAGAGCAACAAGAUUUCACUCAGAAAACCCGGCUGAAAAUACAGCUAACAUAUUGAGGCUCUCCCUCCAACUGCUCACAGGAAAGCGGCUUUCUGCUACUUUUCAGUCGGUGGGGCUCCAAAUCCACUACGAGUUCGCUUCGUCCCGCAAUUCAACGAACACCCAUGCAGCCAGUGGGUGACACGACGGGCCAACUAUGUUCAUAGUCACAGACUCAAAUGAACUCUCAUUGUAUUGGGUCGACCCGUAGCAUUUCAAGGACUUAUCUUAUUCACGCCUGAUUGUGCCAGAAGACAAUAUUAUGUUUGCGAAUAGGUGUGGAGAUAACAGAGUGGUGGACCUGCUGGUAACCGGAUACAGUGGGAGCUGGUCGUUCGGAAUGCAGUAUGUUGACUUAGAAACGGCCGCGGUCGUUCGUUUUUAAGCACAAUAGGAGAGGCGAAUUCGGUGGAUGAAGUUAAGGCAACACCAUCCAAAGGUCUUCGGAUGACAUACACUUUCUGAGUCCAUCGAUCACGUCUUGCAUACUGGUGAAAGGAUGGUCUCGAUAAAAGCCUCGACUUUGGUCUAUUUUCUAACUGGGUCACGCAUAGAUUCAAAUUUUCAAUGGAUUCGAACAGAAGUUACUUGCGUCUAGCCGAUUCCGUGGUCGCCUUUAUCUUUACCUUGUCAUUUUUGCACAAACCACGAUUGAAGAUAUCAGUGUCUGCCGGAUAAGUUAAGGGACCCACUGUUUUUCAAGAUUGGGGAGUCGUCACCGAGCUCCAAACCAAAGGCGAUCAUCCUCAGCUUUUCAGGGCCACUUUUUACUUUCACCGCAGACAACGUCUUGAUAAUUAGGACAUCAAUGCUUUUUCCCAGGUUGUUACCCACCAACGCAGUGUCAUCAGUAUGGCCAAUAUCCCUGGCAUACGAACCGGGAAUUACCGUGAUAUGGGUUGUCUGAUACUUACUUGUACUUGAUACGGCUGCGAUCAUGCCUGAUGUAGCCGGCCUCGAUGAUGUCCUGAACUGUACCUCUCCACGCGUGACGAUCCGCGGCAGCAAAUCUGGACAGUUCAACCCAUUCCCUUCGCCAACGACGGAGACCGAAUACCGAAGGUCCAAGAACCACCUCCAUGCCUUGACGAACUGUGUUGAGCCAGGUUUUGAACUGACCCCCUCUUCGACGCCUCCAGUGGGGCAACGGUGCCGGAUCGAGGGCAGUAACACUGAGCUCCUAAGCUGGACGACGAAGAACAUGCCCGAACCACCCCAGUCGUCUUUCUUGGAUGGCCUGAGUUAUCCUUGCGAUGUCGCAUCGAGCGCGGACUGUCUCAUUUGAGACGAAGUCGGUGAACUUCACUCGAAGGAUGGUCCUCAAGCAGUGCUGGUCAAAUACCUCCAGCUUUCGCUCAUCCUCCACGCGUAAAGCCCAGCAUUUACAACCGUAGAGAAGGACAGACCGGACAGAUGUACGGUACACGCCAAUCUUAGUGGCGAUGGAGAGGUCACGUCGGUUCCACAGGCAUUUCCGAAGGCUUGAAAGAACCCGGCGGGCAGCAUCGAUUCGGGAGACAAUGUCGUCCUUACUCUGUCCAUUAGGCAGCAGCCUCGUCCCGAGGUAUUUAAAACUGUCUACUUCUUCAAGUUGACAGCCAUCAAUUCCGAGGGUGCCUUCUCUUGGUCAGGGAUGCAGCUUGAGAACACUUUGGUCUUCCCAGCGUUUAUGGACAAACCGGCCGAUUUAGCGACCUCGUUCACCCGUGAUACCAUAGACUGCAGAUCACCAAAACUUGAAGCAAGUAAGGCGAUAUCAUCGGCUGUUGUCUGAUAGCCAUGACUCUAAGAACCCAGUCUAUCGCGUUGCGACAGAACGCGGGUAACAUCCAUGGAAUGACUACUUUUAGUGUUCACCUUACGCUUAAACCUUAUUUUGCGUUAGAAGACUUGCACCUACUGUAACCGCUCCGGUUAUUGGUCAUUAUACGGCAUACUCACCCGAUGCGCGUCCGAACAGACAGAUCAACUUAUAACAGUACUCAAUGAAAGAGGAAGCUACCGAUAUAAUAACAAAUCAGACUAACGGUUUCUGAGGGCGAAAUUUAGAGUGCAUAUCGAAAAGUAUCUGCCGAGAUCAAUCUUAUUGGCCCUCCUAAGCAUUUCUACCUCGUUUACAUUGUGCAUGGACUCCAGAAGUCGCAUGUCUGCUGGGGCGCACGAUUAACCCAUUAUUUUUAGGCAUCACGAGGGUGAUGUUUACCGAUUCAAUGUGAUGACAACACGGACAUGGGUAUGAACGUGCUACAUUUGAGCUCCAAGCCUAGGGCCUAUUUGGGCUGUCGCGUUACCUGGAACAUUUAGUCAUCGAGGAGUGUUACACAGAUUGGGGAUACUGAAGUGAGUAUUUCUGACUUGUUAUCCGCCCUCAGCCAGUACUACUGCCGAGCCGGGUGUCCCAAAACAGAAAUGUCGACUUCCGUUCCGCAAUCGUGGUAGAUUGGUGAAUUUCACCCUUGCACGACUCGGAAAGCCUCUGACUCUAGCCAAAAGAACGCGGUCUCGGUUGCCAAAGUGAACAGGCUGUUUGAUAUCGAAUGUACAGUGACCCGUUGGGCCCCGGUUAAGACUCGAAGUGUGCCAGUACCUGCGGCUGGAAAAUCGACGGCUAAUAAACAAUGAAUGGCACAUACGGCGUCCUUAACACGUAUAGAUAGCACCCCGAUGGUUUAAAAAAUCCCUCUAUGAUAAUUGACUUGACUGAUGUAAAAGGUUUAACCGCGCUUCCGUUCUCACCCUCCCCCCUCUGUCUUUAGAUUGCUUUUGAUGUUGUUCGAGCGGCCUUCACUAAGCGCAUCCGUCUGGAGGACUUCCUGACUGAGUGCAAAUGUGCCGAUUUUUCCUUCGCCGCCAUGGACCGGUCGCCUGUUGCGCGGAUGAUGGAAGGCACCGACUACGUAAUCGGAAUUAUGGCCUACGAACAGAGCCGAGAGUCUAAGGUUAGUCUUGUCCUAUGGCAGCGACGCGUUCACGGAGCUGACCGGAAAACGCGCGCCCUUAUGUGUUCUGCAGGCCAUCUAAUUUGCAAUAUUUCCGCCCAGUUGUCCGUUGUCCCCCCUCCUUUUCUAUUCGAAGUAAGAAGACGCGGGCCUGAGAAUGAACGCUGGAGACCCCAAGGGGCCACCCGAUGGCCUCAAACCGCAAAAAGUCUUCGCCUAGAGAAGCGCAAAGCGGUUUUAUGUUUUGUCUACAUUGGUUCCCCGUGCUACCGGGAGGAGAUAGACUGCCGUCUACAACACCAGUCCAACAGGCUCUGCCAACUUUAGACGUGUCUGUGGUCCCGACACGAGGGUUGACGAAAGGUGCAGAUUCAGGCGUACGAGGCUUAGAUGAAGGCCGUUCUGCCAUACGCUUGCGAAACUUGUCCUGAACGUACUGGUGAUCUAAAGACGGUCGAGGGAUUGAUCGGACAGGGAGAUGCGGACCCCCAGUACUACAGGUGGCCUCCCGCUAACUUCCAUGGGAUGCCUAUUCCAGUGUCUCAAUUUCAACCCUGACAGUAACCUUAACACUAACCCUCAUGACUCAACUUUAACACCCUAGAAUCUUGGGUAAAGACAACUGUAAUACCUUAGAUUCCGUAUUGUCGUGCCCAACUGAGGGAUUGGGCAACUGGUGCAUCCAGAGGUUACUUCGACUUUGACCCAAGGACCACGUUUCUAGUGUGGACCAAACCGCUGAUCGACCGUAAGGGAGGCCAAUGCACAAUGUCAUCUCUCCGAACCCCUGUACGAAUUAAUGCCACCGCCGCCUCUCCCCUCCUCGCUGAGGUAACCAACUUGAAAGGUGAACAGGUUUAGAGUACUGCAGACUUGAAGUGUACGCUUGCUCGAUGAUUCUCAGCGUUCGUGAAUGAAACGUCAACUCCACAACGACUGCCGAGAGCCUGUUAAGCGAUUACGGGACAUGGAUAAUCCGAAUGCGUGCCAUCAUGGAGCAGAACCGGACACACCAGCACCGGCGAAAAGCGAUGAAAAUAAACUGCAUUGUCUCUCGUCUCAGUCCAAUUCCAGCCACCGUGGUCAGCGGAAAGCUGGAGAAAAUCCGACAACCUUAUGAGCGAUACUUUUAACGCAGGAGAUGAUCUAGUUGACGCAAUUGCGACACUCCAGUUAGUAAGUAAAGCACAUCUGACAGCGGAGACGAUCCAUCACACGUCUGGCUGCCACUGGUCAUUUUGAAGGCACCAAGAAAACCCAAAAGUCGGUCCGCAGAGUUCAUUUGAACUACCAGAAGUCAUUAAAACAGUCCCGUCUUGAAUGCCAUAUCUUCUUCCUUCGUCAUUGAAUUUUUUUUAAAAUUGGGAGACGUUGCUUCUGUUUAAGCCUUCGAAUAACUCAGAAUAGGAUAUACGAAGCCACCCCACAUGUUCAGUUUAUUCAUUUAAAUUUCAUCACAAACAGUCGUAUUCGCGCCCAGUCAAUAGCAGGAUCGGUUGGCCCGCAAAAGUGUAAUUCUACUUUGGCUGAUUAAUUGAAGGGGCUGCUGUUUAAUUGAUAGAGGUAGACCCUGUUGGUGAUUGUUAUACCUAGUUUUUUGACACCCAAAGUCCCACUCAUUUGGGGAUUCGAAUUCAGGCAUUCAGUAGCCAUUUAGCGUGCUUCUUGCCCGCCAGUUUAUAUCAGUUUGGGCCAUCGAUUUCUCCAGCAAAUAAUCUCCUCGACUACCCAUAUUUGGAUUUGAGCAGUAUAACCAACAGACUAGGAGACUGGGUUAGCUAUUUUAUUUUUACUUGUCGUCCCCAAUCAACCAUGCCCCAACUGCAGAACGAAAAUACCUGGGAUUUGAAUCCGCGUCCAGUCACCCACUGAGUCAAACUCUGUCGGUUGUGGUGGACAGCGCCAAAUGUUAUGUGGGAGUGGUGUCCGAUUUGCGCCUUCCGCUGCGUAUUUUGAACCAUCAUGCUACAGUAUAUGGAUCCAAACAUGUAAUCUGCCGAGUCUCUCACGUUGCUCAACAGUUUUUUGUCAGUAUGUUAUUACCGACAAAGACAAGGAAGGCUGGAAUGGCCAUUUCUGGCUUAUUAGCCGUCGUCAACCAGUCAUACCCAACCCCGAAGUGUGGAACACCUGAGGCUCGAACUCGCGACCCGUUAGUUGGAAGUCCAACGCCUCUAACCACUGGGCCACGAGCCCGUUGUCCUGUCCGUUUCGAUCGGGAAUAUACAACGGUAGAGGGGCGCUCACCGAUCGUUCAUACGGAACUCACUUGUUCUGUUGUGCCUUACGGGCUCUCUCUCGAGCCCAACCAACAACCUCACAGCGGCGCAUGAUAUAGGACAACGGACCCGUGACCUAGUGGUUAGAGGCGUUGGACUUCUAACUAACGGGUCGCGAGUUCGAGCCUCAGGUGUCCCACACUUCGGGGUUGGGUAUGAAUGGCUGACGACGGCUAAUAAGUCAGAAAUGGCCAUUCCAGUCUCCCUUGUCUUUGCCGGGCAUAACAUUCUGCCUAUAUCAUGCGCCGCUGUGCGGCUGUUGGUUGGGCUCAAGAGAGAGCCCGUAAGGCACAACGGAAAGAGUGAGUUCCGUAAGAACGAUCGAUGAGCGCCCCUCCACCAUAGUCAUUUUGUCUUCGCUGCUGUGAUUUGAUGUGAUACACACCUCCAGACCUCUCUCCGACGGAGGCAGGGAUGACCGGGCUCCAGUCAUUACGAGCAGUCUCGAAUGUCGUCCUCUCUGGGGUUGCGUCGUUGCGCAGUCUGAGUAUUGCGUUGAUUACGUGACACUGUAUAAGCUGAAGAAGGACGAAACUCUGCCGAAGGGAGGGGGGGGGAGACAGGAUGGUGGAUUGACUAUCGGAGCUAAGAUGACGCUCAAGGUGCCCAUGAAACUGCUCGAACUUGGCAGAGUUGUCAUCGGUAGGGCCACAAACAGUCACCCGUUAUACAGGACGAAGAAGUCGGUGUAGUUUUUAAGUGCUACAGGUGUUUGAGCCUUGCUUCAUGGAAGUCAGCACUUCAGCCCAAUAGUCUUUGCGGUCCUCUCUGAUCCGACGUUGCCACUAUCGUAUAAAGUUGGCGGAAGCGAUUAUCAUUGCUGGGUCUAACUCGCGCUGUUUAAGCAGAAACCUGUAUGGUCCUUGUGCUGGCACAGUCGUUGCGGCGCUGCCGAGUGAGUUGGAGAAUUUUCUCAGCUGCCCCUUGAACUGAGGAACCAAAUGAUGACUUUCGAAUCGGUGUGCGGAUCAAAGCAAGAUUUCCGUCUUCAGAGCCUUGGGUGAGUUGAACUGUUGUAAUUUCACGACAUCCAGUUGUCAGACAUGAGACGUUUUGGGCUGAAAGACAAACCCGCAGCUGGUGGAACUGUGAAUAUGAUCCAACUACAGGCACUGCCGGUUUUGGCGUCGCGCAUUGAUCUACUAUCAUGUACAUAUUUGAGAGAAUUUUACUGACCGACUGCACGUCCGUCGUGGGAAUGACGAGUCAGCAGAUGAUGGCAAAUCCGGAAGCAGGUGUUUAGCGACAAGCAGUUGGUGCUGUUCAGGGAAGUCCAGCAAUCUUUCUGCACUAUCUCACCCAGAACCAUGUCCAAACCGGCCAAUUAGGUGGUUGUUUUAGAAGUCGCAUCGUCUAGUCUGGCUAUUGCAGUCAGUGUCAACAUCUGUCAGGUUUUGGCGGGAGAGUUGUUUUGCCAGUUCUCUCAGUCACCAGUCGAAGAGGUAUCUACAACUGAUCGGCAGUUGAUGCUAUUGUGUAGGACAAAACGACAAAGAUGCUAGCCAAGUACAACUUCAGUCAUGCGCAAACAAGCUGGCUGUUAGCUAGUCUCCUCGUAACAGUGCCAGCCAGGUCUGCCCUGAGAGAGCGAUCAGCCCACCUCGUGUCUACCGGAAGAAUAACUUAGAACCCUAUGGUAGAAGAGACAGAGCCAGGAAUCCACCCUACGGAGCUCCGCUUUCGCUAGAGCCUGAGUACGAGAUUCGGGCCUCCGACAAUCUACAGGCGUUGUUGAUGAGACCCUGAAAAUUGUCAGACUGGGCGUAAUGACUCGACCAACAUUCGCGCAUCCGAUGCCGGGUUUCAGUUCUCGGUUGAACAUUCCAGCCUGCCUACUGUCUCCUCGCACCACCAUACCAGGACUGUUUAGCCUUGUUAUUUCUCGCGGGCUCCAUUGCUUGUUCGGACAUUUAAUCUCAUGCGCUGUCGCAUAGAUUUUCGGUACGGGAGAGGAAGCUGCCGGUCUGUCUGGAUUGUUUGUUCUAGGUUACCGCAUCGUGCGUUUUGGCUGCGCCGAAUCUAGCUGCAAGACAGUGGUGAUAAUGAUAAGACUGUUCACGGUUGCCAUGCCACAGUGCCGUCAUCGAGUUUAGCUGUAUUUUACAAAGCAGUCUGUGUGCCAUGCCUCAGCCACCCCUGGGGUGUCAACACAGCCGCUGCUGUUACUUGACUGCUUAUUCGUCACACGUGGGAGCCUGUCUAUUUCCCAGUUAGCCCUUACCGAAGGCCGUCUGGCUAUCUGCCACCCGUGUACGCAUUGGUGGCCAGCAGUCUGGUAAGGGAGCAGGCCGUCUUAAUGGGUAGAUCCGUAUUCCCAUAUUGUCCUGAAUGGGCCUGCUCUAUUCUGAUUGGUAGAACAAAUGCAGCCGGACAGACAUCUUGAGUCUUCACUGCCUGGGUAUGGGGGCGGAAAUGACCAUGCCAACCUUCCUUUUCUUUGCCGAUGCAACUUUAAUUGGGACCACCUGAUAUUGUCAAUGUUGCUAACGUCUAGGGACCUUUGUCUGCGAAUGUCUCCGAUGAUGGAUUCGAGUGAGAAUCCGAAACGUCGGGCUAAUAAAUUUCUUGUUCCAGUGAUUGCAUCUUCGUCUUCUAAAUGAAACUUACGUAAAUGCCAAAGAACUACCUGUAUCUAAGCUUGGGACUUCAUCCCCUCGUUAUUGCUAUACGAACCCCAGCCCCGGUCACGUGACGGUCGUUCACCAUUGUUGUCUGACUGCAAGUGCUUUGUCUUACCACAGUCCUAGCAGGUGGUCGCGUGGCGAUGCUCUCAAUUACUAGCCAGGAAGUGCUAUCGACCAAGAGGUGUUGGAAUGGUCACUGCUGUUCUACUUGUCGCCGCCAGUCGGAUCGUGAAGACCUGGUGUUUAAAGACGUUUUUUUAUACGAUUGACAACUUCGAGUCGUUGUGACCUUUCCUGAGGUCCUGAAGCGCAUUAACAAAUGCAUUUUAACUGCACAGCCUGCUUCAUCAAUAUUUACACGGGUUACUUUCCGCAGUACGACACCAGGCACAAGGGGGCUAGUCAUCUGAGUGGGUCGCAGGUUCCUCGCAACUGGCAACUAUGAAGAUCUGUGCUCCAUUAGCGCCAUUUUGCAUGAAAUUGUGCCACGUAUUGCAGUCUCAAGCAUCACUCCCAGUAGUGUCGGACUAACCCAUUUGCCGCCAUCAAAACCCGAAUAGUUUCCGGAAUACUGCUCCAAUUCGAUUGCCUUAAAGAUUGGUUACUCCCCUACUGACCCGUUCAGCGUUUCCAAUUGGAAGAAGUUGUGUGCUGUCCACCCCCAGUUUAACCGGGGUCAGAUGGAUGGUGCAUAUGUGAACUCCCGAGUCUGCAGUCUGCCGUCGGAGGCCAGCCACGCCCAUCACUGCAGCCAAUAUUGCAUCUCCAUCCUAGUACGUUAUCUGUAGGUCGAUGCGUUCUCAUAAAUAGACGCCGUGGCUUCCUGUAAGUUAGUAACUCUCGAGGGCCUUGAGUUACUACAAGUCUACUAGUAGUUGAACGUGGUGAAGCCAGGAAACUCGAUUUUCAUUUCAGUGCCUUCGAAAUUGAUUCGAAAAGAAGACGUAAACUGUUAAAUUAUCUCAGCCGGGAUAGAAAGCACACCGGGGUUGGGUGUACCCGCAAAUCCAGUGUUGCCCGCUUAGCCAGUAUUUUGAUCAUAAGUCCAGCGCAAGUGCUGCCUAAAAGUUCAGACAACUAUUUCACUGAGUCUCUGCUGCUGCAUUACGCGGACGUGAGGGGUUGUUUCCACAAGGGGCUCAACCCCUGCCUUCCUAACGUGGCUCCCGGUAUGUACUCCAGUCUUCCUAGCAGCCAAGGAUGUGCCUGGACUUUUAGCUAGCACCCGUGUUCUAGAUUAUGGUCGAAUUAUGCUACUGCUACGGCCAUGAAUGUCACGUGGUUAUUCCGAAAAAUCUGACGCGAUUCGUUUCAUAUCCCUAUCGACAUUGGCACCUAACCUUGAACCGGCUUACCCUACGGUCUUGACUCACGCGGAAAUUUCUGACAGAAGUUUAAAUCCGAUAUUUUCUACUCCGGUGAUGGCUUGUGACGCGCGCAUGGUCGACUUACCCUCGCUCACGUGUCAGCUGCAGCAACAGCUGCAGCCACCGUCUCAUCGCCAGGUGGCAUUAAUCGUUACCACCUGUGGAACUGUUUGUCUUUACAGGGGAGGAGAAGGAUGUGUGAUGACGUCAGAUUGCGGUGCCAGCGCUAGGAGCGGAAUAAAUUUACCAAGGUUCGGUGCAAUUUGUCCUUGGCUUCUCAGAUUUAAAACAAAGUUGGCAAUGAGUCUGUCGGGCUAAAUCUGCCCAUUUAGGGGACUGGUUUUAGUGAGUCAGGCUCCCACUGAUCGUCUGCGCCAUCUUAUCUCAGCUGUUCCGUGCCGUGAUAUAAAGUACCAAAAUGAUUAUGUAGACAAAAAGGUAGUCUGACUGAUUGGGAAUCUGUUGACCAUUCAGCAACUUUGGGCUUGACCUCCAACCACAAUAAUGGCUUUGUCUUAACUUGCGCCUUUAAAAUAUCUACCCAUAAUUUUUUCUGCUCCUCCUAACCCUUCACCGCCCGCUCGCAACGAUACCGUCCUUCUACCAGGUGUUUAGCGGUAUUUUGAGUCAUAAGGGUUCACAACCAGCCCCACCUGGUCAUUUAUAGUGGUGUUUUGACUUUUCGAGUAGCCCCUUCUCGAACAUUUCUUUUUCCAGCCCUGUUUCCAGCUGGACGACUUCAUUUCGUCUGGUCGGCAGCCCUCCAUCACCCCGGACAUGGUGACUACCCUCGCUGAUUGGAUGGUCGAAGUGCAGGAGAACUUCGCAUUCAACCACGAGACCAUACAUCUCGCAUGGGGUCUUUUAUAUUCCUGCCUCAGCCACAGUUCACCUGUCCCCAGGUUGGUUAUGGUUCGGUGGUCUAUCUACUGCCUUCCAGACCCUAUCUUGCCAGUUCUCGCGUCCGAUACCAAAUAGUGGACUUUUAAAGACGUUCGACAAAUGCGUUGGACACCUGUCCUACGCGCGACUUAUAUGGGAAACACAAGCGUCAAGUAGUCGGUUUUUACUGCUGUUGUCUGCGUCCACCGAGGAAAUUAAACAAGGCAAGGUGAAGCUGGAGUUCAUAUACCAGAAAACACACAGGGAAGGCAGAAGGACCCACUGAUGAGCCGAAUCCCUGGCAACUGCGUCAGGCAGCGGAACAAGAUCGGCAAAACACGCGUGUCUAGGCUUUUAGUUAGUAUCUAUGUUGUCAGUGGGGUAAAAAAAUCACACAUUCAUCUGCUCGUAACGGUAGCCCUGGUUUGUGCAACGCAACCAUGUUCUCGUCUGUUAUUUGUUUUUCAAGUAACGAUUUUGCCUUUUUCCCAAUAAGGACUUCUAACGCUUCUGUUUCUUCUUCCUCACGGGUUUCCGAGGGAAAUUUGUUGCAGUCACUCAAUAUCGCUUCCAUCUUCCUCACGUAAUCAGUCUUGUUUAGGAUCACGACACAGCUUCCUUCGUCAGGUCUUGAGAUGACGACCUCAGUAGUCUUACGUAGGUCAGUUAGGGCCGAAAGGUGUUGUCUAGUUAGUAGUGAGCGUUGCGCGUUCGGGAAAGUUGUGUAUUGAUAAGUGAUAUCUACGAAUUUCGCUUUCAACCAUCUCACAUUUUCCCCUGACGUCGGUGUUAGUUCCGAUAAUUGGUGAUAUAGGUCUUUAAAUUGAGCCUCAAUCUCCAUUGGAUCUAUUUUUCUUCUCGGCACACAAAACUUAAGUCCCAAAGAGAGGGUCUCGGCUUGCAGUUUAAUCAGUUUCAAAUCCGACAUGUUAACAAUGUAGUUAUCUGGAUUUACUGGAGAGGAUUCGUCUAGGGGUUGUUUAUUUAGCGACUUCAUCAGAUCAGCGUGGAACGAUUGUCUUAUCCUAGCUUGCAAGUUCAGAACGUAUUUUGUAAACAAUAACCAGCACAUUGGACUCACCGAGUCCAUCACAUGCUUUGCUUUUUCGAAAGGGUGAGACGGUCAAGGUUUUGUAGUGUGAGCUGCAGGCCAUCUCCUCGGAGGGUGUUGCUUAGUUGGCGAGGGUAAGUCCGAGUCUGCCUGCAUGAUUGUAGGAAUUCAUAUCUGGUCUUUUCUCGGAUGAUCUUGCAUCUUAUUCCGACCAGCUGGUCUAGCGACUUGAUGAGAGUGGGGGCGGGAGGCAUCAUUUCGGUAGAUUGAAGCAAUGUUUUCCCGGAAUAAAUUUGAAUAAGGCAAAGGCGGCAAAGCAUGCAGAAUUUACUGAUGUCAUAAAUUUUGAGACCUCUCAUUCAAGUGCACACGGUCAUUGCACUGCUCAAUCAGCGAUCGACCUAGAGAGAUAAAACAGUUAAACAGUUUGCCUUGUCAUAUAACUAUGCAGUGACCGUGUGCACUUUAAUGAGAGGUCUCGAAAUUUAUGACAUCAGUAAAUUCUGCAUGCUUUGCCGCCUUUGCCUUAUUCAAAUUUAUUCCGAGAAAACAUUGCUUCAAUCUACCGAAAUGAUGCCUCCCGCCCCCACUCUCAUCAAGUCGCUAGACCAGCUCGUCAGAAUAAGAUGCAAGAUCACCCGAGAAAAGACCAGAUAUGAAUUCCUACAAUCAUGCAGACAGACUCGGACUUACCCUCGCCAACUAAGCAACACCCUCCGAGGAGAUGGCCUGCAGCUCACACUACAAAACCUUGACCGUCUCACCCUUUCGAAAAUGGAGGAAUGCGAAUACUCACUCUCUCAUAUGCGCUGCCAGCUAGACCAAGCAAAGCUUGUGAUGGACUCGGUGAGUCCAAUGUGUUGGUUAUUGUUUACAAAAUACGUUCUGAACUUGCAAGCUAGGAUAAGACAAUCGUUCCACGCCGAUCUGAUGAAGUCGCUAAAUAAACAACCCGUAGACAAAUCCUUUUCAUUAAAUCCAGAUGACUACAUUGUUAACAUGUCGGAUUUGAAACUGGCUAAACUGCAAGCCGAGACCCUCUCUUUGGGACUUAAGUUUUGUGUGCUGAGAAGAAAAAUAGAUCCAACGGAGAUUGAGGCUCAAUUUGAAGACCUAUAUCACCAAUUAUCGGAACUAACACCGACGUCAGGGGAAAAUGUGAGAUGGUUGAAAGCGAAAUUCGUAGAUAUCACGUAUCAAUACACAACUUUCCCGAAUACACAACGCUCACUACUAACUAGACAACACCUUUCGGCCCUAACUGACCUACGUAAGACUACUGAGGUCGUCAUCUCAAGACCUGACGAAGGAAGCUGUGUCGUGAUCCUAAACAAGACUAAUUAUGUGAGAAAAAUGGAAGCGAUCUUGAGUGACUCCAACUAAUUUUCCUCGGAAACCCGUGAGAAUUAAGAAACAAAAGCGCUAGAAGACAUUAUUGGGAAAAAGGUAAAAUCGUUAAUUGAAAAACAAAUAGCAGACGAGAACAUGGCUGCGUGUCUUAGGCCUGUAGGUUCGCAUAUUCCCAGAUUAUAUGGACUGCCAAAAUUACACAUUUAUUUGCCUUUUAAACAUUGGUUGAGUUUGUUUUGUGCGGUCUUUAUGUUUUGGACUUGUCCUUCUGAACGAUAAUUGGUCGUUAUACAAUUCUGAAUAUUUUUUUCAUUUGGAGAGGUGGCUUUUGGGAAUCUUUAUUCGCCCAAUCACAAACCCCCGAUUUCCACCGCCUCCGUAAGAGAGGUGUUCUUGAGUCCGACUUGUUUUGUGGGAGAGGGGGUUCUUUUUCUUCACUCCUACCAAGCAUUUUCGACCAGAAAUUGUCAGUGUGAUAGAUUAGAUUUUUUGCGUCGUCACUGCACAGAUUUAAAGGCACAAAACACUUCCUCCUUGGGAAGAACGUGGGUUGUGCACGGAAAUGUAGAACCCUAUAAUACAGGUGGUGUUGCCUUUAAUUCCAGGGGGUUAGGGUAAGUGUAAGGGUUACAGUUAGGACACUGGUCAUUUUCGCUCCGUGACGGAGGGACCCUUACUUCUCAUGACCGGAUGUCUUCCCGCCACCUCAGGUCUGUAAGUGACGCCGAUCCCCAGUGCUUGUAAGAGACGAGCAACUGCUUCGGAUAUGUUCUCUAUAUAGGAUGAUUCCCAGCAUACUUUUGUCUAUUCUGGUGUUAGCCUGUAUAUUUUGCUUUGUUCAUCUGUUGCGUCCCAACAAAGCUGCGAAGAACCGUUGGAAGUGAGCAUUCACCGGAGGUAAUUCAGUUCGGCAGUUUUGUCGCCUGUCGCGGCGGAAUGAGUGCUUUCUCGUAGAGUUCGCAUGCUUCUACGUUUGUGACGUAGCAAGUGGUUACUGUGGUAAUUUAGGACCUGACUCGUGUUGGUGGCCAUCCUGUAUAUUGUUGUCUUCAGGUUUCUAUCGGCCUUAGGGUGGACUUGAAUGUCUAGAGUCGUUAUUUGGUUGUUGACCGCUGCCUCUAUUGUGAACUGAAUGUUUGGAAAAACGGAGUUCAGGAGCACAUGAAUUCCAAGACUCUUUCGGUCUGAGAACGACGAAGGUAUCUUCCAAGUACUGCGCCCAAAGUACUCGUUUGUGGAUUGCGGACACCAGUGCCUCAACCCUUUGGAGAACCACCUCAGAGGAAAAAAAGGACUAGGUGCGCGGUUCCGGGACCACAAACGCGGACAAUGCAGACGAGAGCAAUGACCGUUGCCAUCCCGACACCGCUCUCCGACAGGGAGAGGGGGGGGGCACAGUUGUCACCAUGACAUCAGUCACCUCCCUCCACAGUGUAGCCCGCACGACUAGCAACGGAGUCUUGUGAGACGCCGUACUAAACUUGCCUCCAAAGAUGGAUGCUUGCUUACUUCUGAACCCUUAGGACAUGAAACCCAUGACCCCGUGAGCGCCGUCUCUUCUGACACGUGGAUAAGCCUGCAGUGCGGAAAGUUCAUGUUUUCUAAAAGGUCGAUCUUUAUGUUGGGGAAAUUAUUCCAAGCCGUUGAAUCAUGUUAUGGUCACUUCGGUGAAACCGCGCUUACUUUACGGUGUAUUUGAAAUUUUUUCGGCAUCUCGCACAAGGUUAAUUGUUAAUUUGUCUCAGCGCAUAUCUUGUUUAUUGGCGCCUUGCAACAUAAGUGUGAAUUUGCCAAAACCAACGUUGUGAAUGAGCAAAUGACAGACCCUUCAUGAAGUUCACCAUAAUAGUUAAAACGCACGCGAUGAGCACCUCCACUUUAGGAAAAAGAAUGGCUAAUACUCACGUCAUCUACCUCACUCUAUCCACACCAACCAUGUUCCAAUAUCGAGAUGACCGAUCACUGGUGAACCCUUUUGUUCUGCACAGAACACAUAUGAAAAAAGCCUACAGGGUAUGGGAUAAUCCACAAAGGUCCGACAGUCAGAGCUCCCGAACGCAAAGUCGCUAACUCUAAACCCCCUUUCUCUCACUCUCUCUCCCCCUCCUUCAAGGCUUCCUUUCGGGUCAACUGAACCUCACUAAUUGGCUGUAGUUUUCUGAAGCAUCGGGCCCUUUCUCGGGCAGUUAUGCUGGGAGUAAGCUAGGAUUUUUCUAUGCAGGGACUCUGAGGAAGACCAGACUCCAUCAGUUCACUAAUUGCAGCUCCUUUCUCGCCCCCACUGCUUCCCUCGUAGACGUGAAAUUCAACUGAUGGCCUGCGCAGCCAUCAUGGUGGCCUGCAAGCACGAGGAACGACAAAUGCCUAAGAUGAGUGAUUUCCUCUACAUAACUGACAACGCCUACACCAAGGAUGAGUUCAUCGAGGCGGAGCAGCGCCUCCUGGUGUCUAUCGACUUCAACGUCCACCGGCCCAACCCCUACGUCUUUCUGCGGCGGUACGCUCGGGUAGGUGGUCACCCAGCUGAUUCUGCUUUCUUCCUCCGUCCCCUCAAUCGGGAAAGUGGGGAUUUAUGUUGCACAGGCCGAAUUACGUAGCCCUGGUUCAAUGGUUUGUCGUGUAUACUGACAGGUAGACGAGGACAGCUAUUUCUGUCUUUAUAUAUUCCUUUAAGCAUUCCUCUACUAUCCACGUUACUACUACUACUACUACUACUACUACUACUACUACUACUACUACUACUACUACUACUACUACUACUACUACUACUACUACUACUACUACUACUACUACUACUACUACUACUACUACUACUACUACUGCUGCUGCUACUACUACUACUACUGCUGCUACUACUACUACUACUACUGCUACUACUACUACUACUACUACCACUACUACUACUACUACUACUACUACUACUACUACUACUACUACUACUACUACUACCACCACUGCCACAGCAACAACAGCAGAAACUUAUAUUGCUGCUGAUACUGCCACUUAUUCUUGGUAGAACCGUGAUCUUGUCUGAUAUAGCUUAUAUGAAAUGAACAUUUCUUUAUGGUCUUUCGUGAAAUUUUGGGUGCAGGCAAGUCCCCUAUUGUCGACGGGUUACUCGUUCGUUUAAUUGCAAAGAAACCGGCAUGUCUACAGUUAUCAGAUAAUGGAACGGCCUUCAACAAAGGCUGACCGCGAAAUAAGCGAGCUCUCGGUUCUGACAAAUAAGCAGUCUCCUACCAGCCGCGACUAUGCUAUCCGGGCGCGAAGGACUGAGGUCGGGCACACCGACCGCCUUUCUAGGGCGUCACAAAGCUCGACCGUGAACCGCCACUAACUAAGUCUGUUUCCCACCGCUCCCCUGUGGUUAGGUUCUCGAGCUAAAGUGUUAGAAGAGACAACCUCAAAUAAAGCAUCCGGUCGGCUGCUGGUGAUCCGCCUCUACGCAAAAUCCCCAAGAAAUCUCAUGAAAUGUUAAGGUCGCGUUGUUUGUUUGAGAUUGUCUUCUCUAACUCCUUGAAUCAAGCAUCUAACCACAAGGCAGCGGUGACAAACAAACUUACUUCGCAGCUGUCCAUGGUCGCCAUGUCACAGUGCCAUCUGCGGACCUUUCAAUAUUUUAUUAGGCAACCAGCCCUCUGCGCCUUAGUGUCACUGUCGCUACUGUCCCACGACGGCGUCUUCGCCAGACCUGAGAACCGACCUCUUCUGAAAGCCGUUUUACUUUUCGCCGCUUGUAGAAUCGCCGGAUAACCGCCACCUGGGCUUAUGGGUAAACCCGUCUUGCCGGUGUAGCACUACUCAGCGUUUUCUUCCUCUGUCCAAGACCCUGUCUCAGACAAACCUUACUGCCUGCUGAUGCCGGCGACCACUUUAACUAUCCUCUCCUAUCCCAAGCAUUCUUCUCAUUAACCACUUGCACGCACACAGGUACUGGACGCGCACAACAGCAUGAUACAGUUCAUGUCACGCUUCCUUCUUGAGGCUGGAAUGCACAGUCACAGCAUCAGCCUCUGCCGAGAGUCCAAAAAGGCGGCUGCCGUACUCUGGCUGGCACGACGCGUCCUUCGCAAUCCCACGUACACCGAUUGGUUGCGGCGGCCGGAGAUAGCCCAGCUUCAUCGUCUCCUCAAGACGGACUCCCGUCUCCAGGCCUUCUACCGUAGCUGUGCCACUGAUAAGGGCCGGACUACCUCGGUAGUUGGCAUGGCUGAACUUUGGGCUGCCUCCUUAAUGCACAGCAACAAGCGCCCUGCGCUCAAUCGAUCUCGGUCAGAUGGAGACGCAUCAUCCCCGGUAUUGGCUACUGGCGGGCGCAACCCUCCUCCAUCAGACGCUGUCAGUCUCGCCUCCGCUGGGAGUGAGAACGUAGCACCACUUACCGAACACCCUGCAAAGCGCGGGAGGCUGGGGUGAGUGCAUCAGACUGUCCCAGCUCUUACUGGCGUCUGGUUUCCUGGUCUUUUAUGCUUCCGUUGUCAGAAUAAGCCCAAAUGUUCCUACUGAGCAAACUGCUCCGAGCUAUGAAGUUAUGUUCUACGGACACGCGUAGAACGUCCGACGCUCAGGUAUCCGUUAAUCUGCCUGGGUUUGGGGGGGGGGGCGAGUGAUCACGCAUCAACGAGUCUACGCGUACCACGCGCAUACUCCGUUUCUGCCUUUUUUGUGGGCGAAUCUUCAGUAGGGAUGUGUUGGAACUCACAUUUGAGAACGUGCCACAAAGGCCACAUUGAAGAGGAGCCAUUACAGUCUACCACCCAGUUAUGCGUAGAAGCGCGUUGAUGCGUCUUUUGGAAGACUCUUAUCCCACGACUUCUAGCACAUGAUAGUUUAAACGCUAGAUUAGCUGUUUGUCGUGAGGCAUUUAGACAUGUCCCAUUUGUCUCUCUGCGUCAAACCAAUCGAGGAUGUGGUUAGUUGCGAUGGCUGACGUGAAGUAAAUGUCAGUCUGACGCGCUGAUUCACACAAAAAUCCACCCAUGCGAUGCUUGAGCAAAUUACUUCGCAAUUAUAUUGUACAGUAGAUGUGCUAACUCAUGAAAUGUCAACCAAAACUUCGAAAUGCGUUCUCGUUUCGAAAAGAUAAAUUAAGUAGUGUUGUAAAACUAAUUAUGAUGCAGCAUAAAUCUAUCAUGAUCCUGUUACCUCAGGGUGUCGGCUUUCGAAAAAACUUAUUUUCGGCUGCAUGCAAGAUCCAUACUUUGCAAAAAAUGGCUACUUAAGUAGCAUGCGAUUUUUUCACUGAUUUUCGAUUCCCUUGAAAAUUCACUUAUAUUUCAUGGAAAACAUGCAUAAAAAUAUUCAUUCUUUUACUUAUUCGGUAGAAAAUCACGUCUUGUUCCAAUUUCAUACUCAAAAGAAGACUUUUCCAUGAAAUAUAAUUGAAUUUUCAAGGGCAUCGAAAAUCAAUGAGAAAAUUGAAUGCUACUUAAGUAAUCAUUUUUUGCAGAGUAUAGAUCUUGCAUACAGCCGAAAAUAAGUUCUUUCGAAAGCCGACACCCUGUGUUAACAGGAUCAUGAUAGAUUUAUUUUGCAUCAUAAUUAGUUUUACAACACUACUUAAUUUAUCUUUUCGAAACGAGAACGCAUUUCGAAGUUUUGGUUGACAUUUCAUGAGUUAGCACAUCUACUGUAGGUUUAUCAGUUAAGUUGCCCUAAAAUUUCGGGCAGUGUCUUGUGAGUCUCUGCGCAUACUGUGUAGUAAGUCUAGGCAGUGUGGUUUACCAAAGCCGUGCUCUUUACUUCCCUGCCACAGGAGUCCACCGGCUUUACGCAGAACCCUCGCGGAGAAAUCCCAAAAUAAGUCAGUGCCUCUUGGGUCGCCCGCUGUUAAGGUGGAUGCGCCAAGUCCCGACAUGCAUCUGCUUGCUAAGCUGCAACAAAUGCGCUCAAUUGACGACCAACGACGCCCCUUCUGGCCGCCCAUUUUGGAACACGUCACCGGCUACGAGGAGAGCGAUCUAGUGCCUCUAGCACUGGAGUACCACCGGAUUGCCCUGAUUCUCCUGGCUGAAGUAGCCCGUGGCGGACAGCUGGAGAGCAGUUGUACACCCUCACCUGCGACAACCGUCGACUCCCAUGCGCCCCACGAGGGGGCGGAGGAGUGCGAUGGAGGCUGUGCGUGCGGUGCUACCGAGGACAGUGUGGUGAUGGUGGGUGAUCUAGAUCCCUGCCAGAGUGGCUCCUACGGUGCGGCGGAUACUCGAGGCCUGCAGCAGGCAAUGACGGGUGCGACUGCGACCGAGGCACAGACCCAACGCUGCAUUUCGCCCGGUGGACACCAGUUGCGGCGUCAAGUGGUCACGAAAUACUGUUCUUCGUGAGUUUCCCUUGCCACCGCCCUCAUCUUCCCAUUUCUCAUCCACUAGACCUCGGCAUCUACUUUAAAACCCUUAUCUAUGAGUAGCAGGCGGCUGCCAGCUUGUUACUGGAACAGUCUUACUUUUUAAGUUGUCUGGUUAAAAGGCUCUUAUGUUUCAUAAGCUCAUAACAUGCUCUCGGUCUAGUCGUACAGUGAGCGACCGAUCCCAUGAACUGUUGGCCGAAAUUCGGAAAUGCCUUUUCGAGUAGGAAGAAUUACUUACGUACCGUCACAAUAUUGAUCAUCAAGCGGCGUAAUCCUAUAAUGUUUCGGACUCGCCAGGAUGUCGGCUUUUGAAUGCAUUUCUUUUUAACCUCCUACAAAAACUGCACUUGGUAAGCAAUGGCUAUUCAAGUAGCAUACAUUUUUAACAUUGAUUUUUGAUGGUCUUAUAAAUUUCAAUAUAUUUUAUAGGAAACAUGCAUAAAAAUAUGCUUUCUUUUGCUCACUCGGUAGAGAAUCACGUUAUCUUUACAUUUUAUACCCGACGUUUCGUCGGGUAUUUAGCUUUUGGAAAAGUUUAUAAUUAUGAGGUUUUUUAAGACCGUGCAAUGUCCAUUCAUACAGCAUCGUACAGGUCCGUUCGCCAAAACUUUUCAUGAAAUGUAGAACAUGGCCCGCAUCCACUGCAAUAUUUUGUGAACUCUGCAUGGUAUCCUUUUAAAGGCUUAGAGGAAUAUAUCAUUUUCAUUACGCCGAAAGCACGCACCUUGUAGACUGAAAUUGCUAAAAGCUAAUGCAACGGCUGAUCAAGCUCGAAAUUAUUCUGGCAUUGGGAAAUUUUUUCAAAACUUAUAUAUACCCUUUCGUCCGGUAUAAAAUGUAAAGAUAACGUGAUUCUCUACCGAGUGAACAAAAGAAAGCGUAUUUUUAUGCAUGUUUCCUAUAAAAUAUAUUGAAAUUUAUAGGACCAUCAAAAAUCAAUGUUAAAAAUGUAUGCUACUUGAGUAGUCAUUUCUUACCAAGUGCAGUUUCUGUAGGAGGUUAAGAAGCAAUGAAUUCGAAAGCCGACAUCCUGGCGAGUCCGAAACAUAGGAUUACGCCGCUUGAUGAUCAAUAUUGUAACGGUACCUAAAUGGUUUGGUAAACUUGAACGAAAGCUGACUCCGCCUGAUAAGUUCGAUAGCCGAUUUGAUGGGACCCCGACGGGUCUUUAAUAAAAUUAUUAUUAUUAUUAUUAUUAUUAUUAUUUCGGCUUUACAUUGGGCGUUAAAUCGAAGGUAAUGGAGACUUCCCGCUGGUCUCAGGGUUUCAACGUUUGCCAUGACUGAGCGGACACUUCCGAUCACAACAUUUGAAACGGUCAUUUCAAUUUCCCAAAACAUUAAUUUCCUAGCCAAAUUCAUCUGCCAUUCCACCUUGGAAAUACACGGUGUUCUGCAAUGUGGCAUAAAAUAGUCAAAACGUCAGCAGAUUUUUCGAGAUUAUUACUGCACACGAUACGACCUAAUGUGACAUCGAGGUGGUUUGCCAUCACCUGCUAGAGAAUCCAAUGUACCACGUGCGCACUACGCCUCGCGAGACACCAAAGCCGAAGCAUUCUACACGUAUUUGCCCUUUUCGGAUCGUAAGACUUACCUUCUGGGGGAAAAGUUCUCGACUACUCAACCAACGACUAGAUUUCACUCAUCCAGGUCAAAAUACUCAUUCCGUGGAGGUUCAUUAGAAUAAUUUUAAAAUGGUAGAGGGGCGCUCACUCGUCCCGUUGUGUCUUACGGCUCUCUCUCGAGCCUAACCAACAGCCGCUGGGAGGCGCAUGAUAUAGGCAGAAUGGCAUUACCGACAAAUACAAGGGAGACUGGGGUGGCCAUUUCUGGCUUAUUAGGCGUCGUCCGCCAGUCAUGCCCAACCCCAAAAUGUAGAACACCUGGGGCUCGAUCCGGCGACCUGUUAGUUAGAAGUUCAACGCCUCUGACCAGUGAGCCACGCGUUCGUCCUGUCGGUCGCGAUCGGAUAAAUAAAGUGGUAGAGAGACGCUCACCGAUCGUGUUACGGAACUCACUCGUCCCGGACGAAGGGGACAAACACGGGGCACAUCAUCCUUUUUAGCGAACCUUUAGAACCACGGCACAACCGAUUUUGGUAGGAAAAAGUUUCCGGCCGUACUCAGUGGUUCCAUUUGCGGAAGCACAGCCGUCGGCAGGAAAGUGAACUUUGUCGAGCGAUGUUAGCGCGGCAAUGUUGUACGAAAACGGGGAGAGGGACCAAAAAAUCUAGACAGUCACUACCUCUCGACUACCACCCCCCCUCUCCUAAGAUUAGGAUGAUGUACGGACUACAAGACCCACCCAGCCUAAGGACCAUCUGCCUCAUUGAGACGAACCCUGUCGCGGUCUACGAGCUCGACUGCAGGGACGGUGGAAAAUAGAUUGAAAGCUGCAGACUUACCUGCGCUACUACUGGCACACACAUAUACUGCAGUGAAUGAACGCUCCUUUGAUUCGGAGGAUGCUCAUCUUUUUAACCGAUGUACUAUCGUGCCUGAAUGGCUCACUCUUUAGGUCUGUCUUCCGAGCGCAGAGUCUAUUAAUCGGCACUUCGCCCUUCCCCCGGUUUCAUGCUAUUUCCGUUGUUUUUGUGUGGAAGGAACUCCUCCCCGCGCUUAGCGGUGGGCGUUUUUCCUCUUCGGCGGGGAAACCGCCUUUUCCAGCGCCAUUGGUCAUGGUCAAAUCAGAGCUGAAUCCACGGACCGUUUAUAACUAAGUUUAAUCCUAGCCCGUCAGACACUUGUCUCAUGGGAUGGCUUCUUUGAUGUAAUUUCCCGUACUUCCCGGAUUCGAAGGUUGACGCCUCUGCUGUGAUUUCAGAGCACUCGCUAUCAAUUUCGACAGCCAUGAUUACAUAAUGAACGCCGCAUGAUCACUGGUAGUUGGAACUGCAAUAAAGACGGUUGAACUAUAUAUAGUCGGUACUGACAAUACCACCAACCACCCAGUGUUCGUUGGUUCAUUUUAGCCCUCAAAAAUGGGCAUUGGUCACACAAAUAUUCCCAGUGUUAAGCGGCUAAUGCUAAUUGAAGGGUUAGACGCAGGAAUAGGGACCCCGUACUACAGGUGACCCUGCGCUCGCGUCCUAACUUUAACCCUCCUAGCUCUGCUCCCUUAUACUAACCCUCGCAGAACUAACCUCAAACUUAACUCUCCUAACCCUAACACUAGCCUUCCACCCUAAUCCCAGCCGUAAACUCCUUAACCGUAACACUAACCCUAACUCCAACUAACCGUAACCACCUCCAGUAUUUAUCGUGGGCCACCUAAAAUACACCGGGGAGAGGAGUCCAUAUGUCCGGGCCAUAUCGGGCCUCGUACAUGAUCCACACUACCGACUGAUGCGAUGUUCUUAGCAUGUGUUCCAAUCGUCACAGGUUGUGAAAGUUGAGAUACUGACUGGUUGCUGUCAUUGCUAGUUCGCAGGCGACGCUGUCUGAAAGAACAAUUUUCAAAUAAGGGGCUUGUGGACAUGCGCUGUUCAAAGAAUGGGCUCGCUUUUUUGCCUACUCCAUUAUUCGACGCGAUAGUUGGAGACGAUUAGUAAACUAGGUAAUAAUCACUUCCACAGCAGCCUCGGCAAAAGUCGUCGCGUGUGUUGUAGGUCGUUUUCGAACCACAAUUUUGGGUGGGGGGAGGUGUAAACCUCUAUUGAAAAAUUUACUGCAAGCAACCCUGUGGAUUUUGAUUUCCUGUGAAAUUUAGAUCGGUCCCAACUCCCCUGAAAUGAAACUGAGUCUUUUCCUAAGUGCGCAUGUUAUUUCUGUCACAGGCUUACUUUGGAGAUGUCAUUUUGAAACCUACUACAGUAGGAUGCGCUCAUACUUCGAGAUUUCUCAACACGCAUGUCCUUUGUUACAUUAAAUUGAAGAAAAGCAACCGUGUCCUCAGACAGUUUAAAUUCACUUCUACAACAGACCGUUUAUCAUCGAAUGGUUAUUGACUACUUUGAAUUCAUUCGGGACUUUGAUAAUAAACAUAAGUAGCAGUGUUGGGUCUAACAACCUUUAGUGUAGGUACCCAUCACCAUUUACUGUACUUAUUGGCAAUGGUAGGUUGUGUAACCCCACCUCGCGACCAGUAAUCUCACAGUCGUGUAAUACGGGAAUGGUAGUAAUAGGGGUUUUACGGGUAGGAAAUCACCGCCGUGAGAAAGUAAUAUGCAUGCAACAGAAUUUCAAAAAAUAGGUUAACUUUCGCUGAAACUCCUCAACCAACGACCAUUUAUAGUAACGGAAGUGAGCGCGUUAUUUGGAAAAUAAACAAGAAGCAAAUCUUAAUAAAUAAAAGGCAGCUGAAUUAUCCGCCGCUUUCAAGUUUGCGACACCCCAGGAACUCAUGUAACGAACAACCAAUAGGAGAAAACGUUAAGUGCCGAAUAUUGCAACUGUAAAAUAUAAGGUAAAUAAAAGUUUGUCUUUAAAGGUUAUAUACAAUAAUGAUAUGCAUUUUUGAACAGAGUAGGUAAUAGCGGUUUUUUCCGUGAACGGUAGCUUAUGCAACACCUUCAAGGCACUCACACAUCACGUUAUUUUCUUCUCUUCAAUCCUCGCCCUUGGCGUCUUUUUAGUGCCUUCUUAAACGUGGCGGACGCGUACCCACAGCUGUCUUUUGAAAACCUAAUCCCCUACUACCCGGAAAUCCAGUGCAGUGACGAUUGUGCGUGUUUUGUGUGCUCCAACUUGGUAACUAAAUGCCAACCCGAUUUUAUUGCUGAUCUCCCACCGUCGCAGCACUCAGCGCAGCCGCCGCCGCUCACUACCUCUCAAUCCUAA